AUGUUUAUCGACUCGAAGCCGACUUCUCUGUUCUCUGGCGGCUCGCACAGCUCAAGGAGCUCCUUCGACGAGAUGGAGCAAACAAAGCCUCAACUGCGACGGCCACCAGCCACUCUCAAUCGUUCGUCUUCGUCUCUCAGCUCGAACGGCUUCGAGAGGUCGGCUCCAUCGUUUCAGUCAUUCAUCAGGAAGACACCAACACCGAAUCAAGAGAAACCUCUCCCGCCUAUCCCGAUUGUCGAGACCUCAGAAGCAUUUCGAAUCUCGGCACGACGUACCUCGAGCAUCUACAGUCGCACCGUCUCCCAAUAUGCACCAACUCCCGAAUCAUGGAGAGACAAAGAACACUUGAUGCCGACCUUAUUUCUGCAGCCAUCUGUAUAUAGCCUGAGUACGCCUGAGCUCACUCUAGCGGAUACCACAAAAUCAAUCGUGCCACCGAGGCCAUGUGCACCACUUAUUACCAGCCCAUCACCAAGCCCGAGCCGUACAUCGACUCCUUCACCGCCUCCAGAUAGCUUGUGGCGAGAGAGACUUCUGCCUCCUUCGCCCCAGAUGCUCCGUGUAGCAACACAACAUAUCAGGACUGUUUCAUUGGACAAAGCAAAGGCCGCUCUGCGUUCGCCCGGAGCACAGCAUCUUCUCCCUGAGGAAAUGAGAGCAUUGGCUGCGGCCAGGAAAGCAAGCCAACAACAUAUCAUACGAGGCAGUAGGUCAUUCGAAGGCAUUGUGCCACCCAAAGGUCCAGUGCUCUCUCUCGUCCUUCCAAGUCCGAGUAUGCCGUCGCCAACACCGUAUGACUGGCCUUUGCAAGCGAAUAGGGGUUCAAAACUGUCUGACGAGUACUUCAAUAUGACUAAAGAGAAGCGGAUCUCGAUGUCACCUGUUGAGAGGCAGUUGAGAUCACCAAUUGAGAUAUCCAUCACUCGUCCUCCAGAGCCUCCGAUGUCAGAUUACGAACCUCGGGGUAGAUCUCGUCAACAGUCACGGACAGGAUCCAGUAGGAGACUUGACAACUACGAGAGCAAGGUAAUCGAUGCAUACGAAGAUACAACUCUGGAUGCGUCCUCGAAUGAGAGCCUGAUGGAUGAAGCAAAACGGUUGGCAAACGAGUACCAUGCUUUGAUCAAAGAAGAUACCAGAGCUGCAGGUACCCGGAAGCAUAGUGCGUCGUCUGCUAGUAUCAAGGAAAAGAUGAAGCUCGUGCCACAGCCGCUAUUCUUCAACCCUAGACAGAUCUCGAAGCAACGUGAGCUUGAGUAUCAGAAAUCGCGCAACAAGACCUACACGCCUUCAGCCAGCAGAUCUCCGAAUUCACGGGCUCCACCUCGCGAGCAGCGCGACAGCCCGAGAGGCAAAGAGCGCACUCUCGAUUUCCCGUACAAGCUCUCUCUCACACCAGAGUCUACAGGUGCAAGGAUUCGUCGCAGCACAAGCGGUAGCAUACCCAUCUCUCCACCGUUCCCUGGGCACGAACCUGCGAAGACAAAAGAAGUACCGGCUUCGAUGCAAAGGAAGCAAAGUAUCAACGACUCUGAUAGCUUCUCGGCCUUCUAUCAUCGUAUCAAUGCCGAUGCCGAGCAGCUGGCUAAGGAAUACAAUAAACCUGGCAGUAAAGUGACGUUCGAGAUGAACUCGCAGCCUACCAUUUUUUCACGUCCAUCUCUAGAGAGCUCGUCACAAGCAUCUUACGGAAGGAGAAAGCAGUCCUACGAUAGUGGAAUCAGCAGUGGAGCCCCCUCCAAGGGAUCGAAACCGCCCUUGAAAUCGUUCACGCACAAGGUAGCCUCAGUUUUUAGUAACAAUGUGCGAAAAUCGUCCGUCAGUGCAGUUGAAGGGCUCUCAAGCCUGGUUGAGAACUUCAAGCAGCGCAGACCAUCGUUUCCAGUCAUCAGUGCACCACAACCGAUAUCAGCAGCUGAGGCAUACGAUCCAACUAGAUUACAAGCACCAUCAGCUUAUGCUGCGAAGAAACGUCCAAGCGUGUUCGCAGGGAUCAAGGGCCAAAGACGCGAAAGUAAAGCCAACAGACGGAGGGAGGAUCUGAAGAAGACAAUAAGAAUGUAUCCACUUGGAGGAGCGCCUUCAACACCGCCACGCAGGGAUGGUGAUUGGCUUUAG